AUGUCUUUAAGCCAUUCAUCACGAAUAAGUAAGAAUCAUGAAGGUGGGAAUAUAAAUAGAAGAUUAUUUCAUUCAUUUAGAGGCAUCCAAAAUAAUUUUUGUCCAGAUUGUAAAGAAAAGGGAAUAAUAAUAUGUGAUACAAGCGAAGGAACACAAAUAUGUAAUGGAUGUGGGCUAGUUAUAGAAACGAAUAUAUUAUCAGAAGAACAAGAAUGGAGAAAUUUUAGUAAUGAUGGUCAAUCAAAAAGUAAUGAUAGAAAUAGAGUUGGUGAAGCUAGCGAUAUAUGGUUAGAAAAUAAUUUAACCAGUACUACUUUUAUUAAAUCAAGUAAAAAAUUACAACAUCUUAAUAUGAUGACACACAUUAAUAAGAAUGACCAAACAUUAUUAUCUGCCUUUAACAUUUUAAAAUUAAUUUGUGAGACUUUUUUUUUGAGAAGCAAUGUGAUUGAGCGGGCCAAGGAAAUAACGAAGGAGUUGCAGGAUAUGGACCAACUGAAGAACCGAAUAAACAACCUGAACAUGCUAGGAGUUGUUUACCUUGCAUGUAGAGAAGCGGGUCAUAUAAAAAGCAUUAAAGAGUUAAUAACAUUUGAUAGAUCAUAUAAAGAAAAAGAUUUAGGAAAAACAAUAAAUAAGUUAAAAAAAGUAUUACCAUCUCGAGCUUUUGUAUAUAAUGAAAAUAUAUCACAUUUAAUUUAUUCAUUAUCGAAUAGAUUACAAUUAUCUACAGAUUUGAUUGAGGCAAUAGAAUAUGUUGUUAAGAAAGCUACAACUUUGAUUACAACAUCUCAUAGGUUAAAUUCGUUAUGUGGUGGUUCUAUUCAUUUAAUUGUUGAAUUAAAUACUAGUGAGGAAAAAAAUGUAAAACUUCCACAUCUAUCACAAAUUGCAUCUGUUUGUGGUGUAACAACAAAUACUCUUAAAACAACCUUUAAAGAAUUAUUAGCUGCAUCGGAAUAUAUUUUACCAAAACAAUAUUUAAAGGAAAAUAACACUAAACUGAUUAUACUUAAACAUAAAUAUUUACAUGAUGAUAAAAAAAAGAGACGAUAA